GCAUCUCGCUCCAUCCCACUUGGGUCACCGAUCAACGCGGAAGAAAGAAAAAAAGAAAAAAAAAAGAAAAAAGAAAACAAAGCAAACAUACCCGCAAAAAAGACAAAAGACAAUAGUGGGCGCAAAUCAAAAACAAAUCAUCAAUCGUUUUCCCUUCACUUUCGCCCUGACUUCGAGUUCAAACGAAACCACCCCAGCCACUUAUUUAGCCAAGCUCGACCACGACACCCGGAUCGUAUCGCAUUCAGCCUACCCCCCCGGCUCAGCGCUAAUUCACCUUCCUUGAUACCUAAAUCUUGGGGCGCUCGCUUCUGGGCGUCUCCCUCCCAAUUACCACAUUCAUCAAAACCCAAGCCAGCAUGGAUCCCAACAAUACCUACUACAAUGGCAAAGGUCCGCGACCAGAUCAAUCACAGUCACCAUCGCCAUACUCACCCUACGGCGGUGCACCGUCGACCGUGACCUACCCCGAACCACCAGCAUACUCGUCACAGCAGUACCUUGGCCCGUCGAAUGGCAGGCCGAACCAACAACAGCAUCAACAACAACAACAACAACCAGUUAACGGAAACUCGCCGUUCGAUAGCGUCUUCGACGACAAUGCUUAUCCGAUGAACGGCCAAAGAAACCAGAUGCCCGCGGGCCAGAAUGGCAUGCCACAACAUCAGCAAGACACGGGAUACUAUGGCGGCGGUACUUUUCAAAGGCAGGACUCGGAUCCGAUGGCCUCGCGCGACGACAUACCACUGCAGGAGCGUUUGGAUCGCCAUAAACAGCAACAUGGCAGCCAUGUCCACGAUCCCGAGGGUGGUGCGGCGGCGGGUGGCCCCGGAGACGACGGUCGUGGCAGGUCGAUGGCGCAGAAGAUUAGGUUCGGCGAGCUGGGCAUGUUGACCAGCGGCAAGCAAAAGAUCGCAUGGGUCUGUUGGAUAUUUUUCAUAAUACAAAGUGCGGUUUUCAUUGCAGAGAUUGUCACGAAUGCGCAAUUAACGGGCUCCCCGAUCAUGACCAAGCCUUCGUUCAACCCGAUGAUUGGCCCGACGCCCUACGUCCUGAUCAACAUGGGCGCCCGCUACAUGCCCUGCAUGCACAAUGUCGAUGGCGUACAAGACUCCCCGAAUGUCAUCUCAUGGCCCUGCCCAAAUAUGACCACCCAGGCUCCGGCUUGCACCUUGUCGCAGCUGUGCGGUUUCGGAGGCGUACCCGAGCCCGAAUACGGUAAACGUACGGGCAAAAACGGACAGCCGGGCCCCGACAAAGAUAACCAGCCGAACCAGUGGUUCCGUUUCAUCACGCCCAUAUUCAUGCACGCCGGUAUUAUCCACAUUGGCUUCAAUAUGCUCCUGCAGUUGACUCUGGGCCGCGAGAUGGAGCAGGCUAUCGGCUCGAUCCGGUUCUUCCUUGUCUACAUGAGCGCGGGCAUCUUUGGCUUCGUCUUGGGAGGCAACUACGCCGGCGCCGGUACACCUUCGACCGGUGCGUCGGGCUCGCUCUUUGGCGUUAUUGCCCUGACCCUGAUCGAUCUCCUCUAUUCGUGGAAGGAUCGCAAGAACCCGGUCAAGGAUUUGCUCUUCAUCUUCCUCGACGUUGUUAUCUCUUUCGUACUGGGCCUGCUCCCUGGCUUGGACAACUUUUCCCACAUUGGCGGCUUCUUAAUGGGCCUCGGGCUAGGCGUGUGUCUACUCCACUCUCCAAAUUCGCUGCGCCGCCGAAUUGGUGUCGACGCACCGCCUUACGCGACCGUCAAUUCGGGCCAGGACAGCCAGACCGCCCCUCCUUUCCACAAGAACCCGAUAGGCUUCUUUAAGGGCCGGAAGCCGUUGUGGUGGGCGUGGUGGCUGAUUCGUGCCGGCGCGCUCGUCAUCGUCACCAUUGGCUUCAUCCUGCUCCUCAAUAACUUUUAUGUCGUGCACCAAAAGUGCAGCUGGUGCAAGUACUUGAGUUGCAUUAACAUCAACAAUUGGUGCGAAAUGGAAGAUUUGAGGUUCGAGAAUACUACCACUACAACAAGUAGGUAGAGCAGCAUCACCGGCCGCAACCGGUUCACAGUUGCUCGGUAGGUUUUAAUACCAGGAUCUGACGUCUUUGGUAUAUGGAGGGAUUGCCUCUCUUCUUUUUUUUUUCCCCCAAAUACCCUUACUGCAAGCAUUUUCCCCUAAUACUGCAGUCGUUUUACGAACUUUCUUUUUUAAAAUGGAAAUGAGCAUGCCCCCAAAUUUUACUCCACGUCAAAUGGACGUGGCGAAGCCUUCAGGGUGGAUGAACUUGGGUCAUCAAUGUCUUAUCAUUAUUGUUUCUAUGUUGCCUUGACUCUUCUAUUAUUUUAUCUUUUUGUCUUCAACCCGUUGUUUUCCAUCCCCCCGUUUACUAGACUUGAUACGAAUGACAACCGCACAGCGACGGCGUUUUGCUUGGGAUUGAGAUGUCUAUGUUGGGCUGGACGGUGGAGGGUUGUGUUCCGUUUGGGUCGCUGAUAAAUUCUGCUCACAACCUGGGGCCGUAAAUCUAUGGAGGAUCAAGCCGGUGAUCCGCUGAUACCAUUGCUCAACAAAAGAAAAGGGAAAAUCAGCAUGACCAUGUUAAUGAGCUCUGACGAUUGGGUGCGCAGCUGAUUUUGGUUGACUGCAAUGUAGAGGAAUCAAAAGCACCAUUCAAGUCCUCGUGUGUUGCCUACUUCUCGCACACCUCAUCUGCUUAUAUGGUGAAAACAGAUGGUCGGUUCUUUACCCGUUACAUUUAGACCACUUGAACAUAAGAAAAGAAGAAAAAAAAUCGCCAAAAGAAGAAAGAAAAAAU